AAACGUCAAAACUGAAUCUACACGUCAACGCGUGUAAAUAUAUUUGAAUUUGUUUUUUCUGCAAAAAACUUGUUUUUAGCGUAAAUAUAACCAAAGUAUGGUUCAUACAACCAUGGAGGGAUCCUUGUUUGAACCUACGCUGUACAUCGUGAAGGGCAUGUGUAUCUUGGACAAUGAGGGCAACAGAAUACUCGCCAAGUACUACGACAAGAACAUACUGCCAACGGCCAAGGAGCAGAAGGCUUUCGAGAAGAACUUAUUUAACAAGACACACAGGGCAAACGCUGAAAUCAUAAUGCUGGAAGGGCUGACCUGCGUCUACAAGAGUAAUGUAGAUCUCUUCUUCUAUGUCAUGGGCAGCUCACAUGAAAACGAGCUGAUCCUCCUAUCAGUUUUGAACGCGCUUUACGAAUCCGUCAGCAUCCUGUUGCGUCGAAACGUCGAGAGGCGCGUACUGCUCGACAAUUUGGACGCUGUCAUGCUCGCUUUCGACGAGAUUUGCGAUGGCGGUGUAAUCCUGGACGCAGAUCCUACAUCUAUAGUCGGUCGAGCUGCGUUGCGCACAGAAGACGUCCCUCUGGGCGAACAAACCGUCGCGCAGGUCUUACAAUCAGCAAAGGAGCAACUGAAAUGGUCACUGCUGAAAUGAAAAAAAAAGAAACAUAGUAUAUCUUUAUUAUAUCUAUGUAAGUUCCAUAUUAUUAAUUAAAUAAAACAUAUUUACAAACA